GAGAGAGAGAGAGAGAGAGAGAGAGAGAGAGAAUCGGAAACCAAGCAUAUAACAGUCAUUGAUUCGGAGGUGAUCAAGGUGGGCUGGUGAUCGAUCGAUCACUAAUAUCGGGAUCGGUCGAUCCGGAAUCGAGGAGAGCGAGAGACGUGCGAUCUUGGUCCCAGGGUUGCUUGGAUGACACUAGAGUGCUACACGUUGCUGAUCGAAGAAGAGUCAGUGUACGGUGGUCUUAGGACAUUCGGUAUCCGCUGGAUUCCAGAAAGACUACACGGAGUCGCGGAAGACUUACGAUAGAUCAUCAAACUCGAAAGCAGUCGCGUUAUAUGAACAUGUCAUCCUUACGAACGCAGUCGACCGGCGGCGGCGGUGUUCUCGGUUUGAGUAGCGUCGGUUCCGAUCGUACAGGCGCGGCUUCGACCGCCGUCGGUUCCCAUUCGCAUUCCCAUUCGCACAGGAAGCAUCAUCAUCACCACAGGAGCAGAAGCGCGCCCCGAGCACCGGAGAAACCGCCCAGAAAGCGUCACCUAAAUCCCGGACAGAGUCUCGCCUCUAUUCCCAGUCAGAUCAAGUUGUCUAUGCUGAACAGCGGCCUCAUCUCCUUCGGUGAGACAACUCGCGAUCCCGUUUUCCUUAAUGAAUUACCUAACUGUCGUCUUCAUCAGAUUAAUGCCGCAGAUAAUACUGACGUUUAA